GCUAGAUCUAGGGUUCGUGGGAAAUGAAUGAUCUUCAUUCCUCGCGGCCCCUCUUUUCUUUCGGAGUGAUCACUGAUGUCCAGUACGCGGACGUUCCCGACGGGCGUUCCUUCCAUGGCGUUCCGCGAUUCUACCGCGGCAGCCUCGCCGCGCUCAACGAGGCAAUUGCGAGCUGGAACGAUCAGGGCAGCGAUCUGUCCUUCGUCAUCCAGCUCGGGGAUCUCAUCGACGGGCGCUGCCCCCGCGAUCAAGCUCCCGCGGCAGCGCGCGAGGUCGUGGCAGCAUUCGAUAAAUUCCGGCACGGCCGCGUCUACCACACCAUCGGCAAUCACUGCCUCUACAAUCUCUCGCGCGGCCAGCUCCAGGAAAUCCUCCGUGUUGAUGGAUCCUUCUACUACGAUUUCGUCCCCCACCCGGGAUUUCGAUUCAUCGUCCUGGAUAGCUACGACGUGAGCGUGCUGGGCGGAUCAUCGAGGGAUCACUCCUCGCGGGCUAUGGCGCUGCUGGAUGCCAAGAACCCUAAUGUGGACAAGAACAGCCCCCUGGGAAUGGCGCCCGAGCAGCAGCGAUUCGUGGCUUUCAACGGCGGCAUUGGCGAUGCCCAGCUCCAGUGGCUCGAUCGGAAGCUCCGCGAGGCCGAGGAUCGCAACGAGCGAGUGAUCAUCGCCUGCCACAUCCCAAUUCUCCGCGAAUCCACCUACGACGACACGCUGCUGUGGAAUGCCGAGGAGGUAUUGCGCGUGAUCCAUCGCUACGAUCGCUGCGUGGUGGCGAGCUUGGCUGGGCACAAGCACGAUGGGGGCGAGGGAGUGGACGAGAAAGGGAUUCCUCACCGCGUCCUCGAGGCCGUGCUCGAGUGCCCGCCCGGGGAGAAUUCGUUUGGCCGCGUGGAUGUGUACGAGGAUCGAUUGGAGCUGCUGGGCACUGGUAGAAUGCGAUCGGCCACUGUGUUCUUCCGGUGAUCUCGCCGGAGUUCACGGAAUAAUCACGUUAGAUUGAUAUCAUGACUCACAUCUUUAUGGACGAAUCACUUAAAGUCUUUUCAAUUUGUUCUGGUA